ACCGCUUUCGUCGUGUUGUUGCGCUGCGCCAAUCAUUACCGCACAGUUUCUCCAUCAGUGUGCUGCUUGCUGCUAGCUGCAUGUAGUAUUUACAUAAUAUCUCCCAGUUCCUGCCCGCAAGAAAAGUUCCUGCCCCCAAAAUAUGCUCUCGAAGGCCAGGUUCCUUCUGUCGCCGGUGCGCCUCCAGCUGCAACAAUCAUGCCGUGCUAUGCAUAUUUCGGAGGCCAACGUUUUGGCCACCGAGGUCAAUCGCCAGGCGCCGGAAUAUAAGGAAAAUGACACGCAGAUGCGCGAGCUGGUCGGUGAGUUGAGAUCGAUCACCGAGAAUGUGCUGAAUGGAGGCGGCCCGGACGCGAUCAAGCGCCACACCAGCAAAGGGAAGUUGCUGGCCAGGGAUCGUAUUAACAGGUUGAUCGAUCCCGGUUCGCCAUUUUUGGAACUGAGUACCUUGGCUGGGCAUGAGAUGUACGGUAAGGAUGUGGUCAAUUCCGGUGGCAUCGUUACCGGGGUCGGUCGGGUCCAGGGCGUUGAUUGUGUAAUCGUCGCCAACGAUGCUACGGUCAAAGGUGGCAGUUACUAUCCGAUAACGGUGAAGAAGCAUUUAAGAGCGCAGGAAAUUGCCCAGGAGAAUAACUUGCCGUGCAUCUAUCUGGUGGAUUCGGGCGGUGCCAAUCUGCCCCGUCAGGCGGAUGUGUUCCCGGAUAAGAUGCACUUUGGAAGGAUAUUCUUCAAUCAGGCGAACAUGUCGGCGCAAGGAAUUCCGCAGAUUGCCGUUGUGAUGGGUUCCUGUACGGCCGGAGGGGCUUACGUGCCAGCCAUGGCCGAUGAGAGCAUUAUCGUGAAGAAGCAGGGUACGAUCUUUCUGGCGGGACCACCGUUGGUAAAGGCCGCCACAGGGGAAGUGGUAUCGGCGGAGGAUCUCGGUGGAGCCGAUCUGCACUGUCGGACGUCCGGUGUGACCGAUCACUACGCCGUGGACGAUGAACAUGCCCUGUAUUUGGCACGUCAGGUGGUGCAGAACUUGAACCGCCCGAGCACGUACGAAGAGAACGCCGGCUAUUCAACAAAAGCGAUGAUGAACCACGAUCGCUUGAGCUUCCUGCCGGAUCCGGAGCCCCCGAAGUACGACCCAGAAGAACUAUACGGCAUCGUGGGAGCCAACCUAACGCGAUCAUUCGAUGUACGCGAAGUGAUCGCGCGUAUCUUCGAUGGCAGUCGGUUUACCGAGUUCAAGAAGUUCUACGGAGAAACCAUCGUAUGUGGGUACGCGCGUUUGUACGGCCAGCUGGUGGGAGUGGUCGGUAACAAUGGGGUCCUGUUUUCGGAAAGUGCCCUCAAGGGAGCCCAUUUCAUCGAACUGUGUGCCCAGAAAAAGAUUCCGCUGAUCUUCCUGCAGAACAUUACGGGUUUCAUGGUGGGUAGAGAUGCCGAGGCUGGUGGAAUCGCUAAGAACGGUGCCAAGAUGGUGACGGCAGUGGCCUGCGCCAAUGUGCCGAAGUUGACGCUGCUGAUCGGAGGUUCGUACGGAGCUGGAAAUUACGGCAUGUGUGGUCGUGCCUAUUCGCCGCGGUUCCUGUACAUGUGGCCGAACAGUCGCAUCUCCGUGAUGGGCGGAUCCCAGGCGGCAGGAGUGCUUGCGCAAAUCACCGAGGAACAAUACAAGCGUACUGGAAAGCAAUGGACCGAGGAGAUCGGAAACAAGAUCAAGCAACCGAUCGUCCAGCAGUUCGAGAAGGAAGGUUCACCCUAUUACAGCACUGCACGGCUGUGGGAUGAUGGUAUCAUCGAUCCGGUCGAUACUAGGAAGGUUCUGGGGCUCAGUCUGCAGGCGGCCUUGAACAAGCCCAUUGGAGAUACCAAGUUUGGUAUUUUCAGAAUGUAACCGGGAGAAAGCAGGACCAAUUUGUUGUCUUCCAGAACGGGUGAAGUUCAACUGAAGUGCAUUUAUUAGGAUGUUAAGAUCAAUGUUUCCUCGAACGAUUCUAGUUUUCCAGGUAAAAUGUGAAGACUUUCUUCUGUAAAAUUUAGCUAACAAUUACAAUGACGUUUUGUAACUAUUUACACACUUACCAGAUAUUGCAUUUAAUGCCGUACAUGUUGUUCAUCGAUAGUGAUUGGAAUAAAGCUUACAACUUUUACGAAA